AUGACUGCAGCAGCUUCAUCAGCAGCCGAGCUGUCUGCGAUCAAUCUCGACAACAUUCGCCUGUCCACACACCCCGACGACGCGGCAGAUGAUUCGGACGCCGACUCCUUUGAAAGCGCCAAUGAUGGUCCGAGUAUUUCAGUACAGCAUGACGACGAACCGCCCGCAUUCCCCAGCUUGAACAGUGCUCAAAGACAAAGUUCGUCGUCCAAAUCUAGUACUGCCCAAACGUCCUCGUCCACAAAGGCCGCCGCAUUUCUGAAUUCUGUAGCGCCGCGACCACUCCCGUCCAGCACGUUGAUGGCUCCGCCACCCUCAUUGGCUCCUCCUCGUAGCGGUGGUCUCGCUGCGCCCCCAUCAACAUCGGCUCUCACAGCACCUGCCGGUGUCGGGGGCGCUUCUGGCGCGAAAGCUUCGAGCGGCAAAAGCCGGAAGAAGGUAGCUCUUGCACCCGGCUGCAGUCCCCUAGACUGGGCCAGACUCAAGAACAGCACCGAUCUCAGAGGCGGCGUCACUUCCCUCUUGAGAGUCACGCCCUCCGAGCUUAAAAAGCAUAACACGCUCGAGGACGCAUGGUCAGCUUUCUACGGCAAAGUGUACAACAUCACACCCUACCUCCGUUUCCAUCCGGGUGGUGAAGACGAAUUGAUGCGUUGCGCCGGUCGUGACGGCACCAGAUUGUUUGGUACGUUUCUACAAUGUGGCUACGAUAUCCAAAAAGCCUCAUUCACUGACUUCUCACGUCUGAUUUCGCAUCGUUCCCUCCGUUCGGGUCACACAGCUCUCACACAUUCGUGGGUCAACAUUGACUCGAUGAUCGAUACCGCCAUGGUCGGUAUCCUGACCAGCGAGACGUGA